UAAUAUUCUCUCCAUAAAUUAAAUCAUUCUCUAAUUUCAUAUUUACAUUGAAGAGAGACUAAGAGAGAGUUGGAGAGAAAUCAGCGUGACAUUGGUAGCUGUGAUUGCUUUUGGUCUUAGCUUUUUGGUUCUUUGAGGUAACAAGCUAGUAAGAAUGAGUCAUCAAUUCCGUUUGGUAAACGGGAACGAAGACGGAAGCCCAACUCGUGAUGCAAGAGCUCUAAGAUAUUCGCUGGCCUUUAAUUCUCCUUCUUUGGUAGCUUUCAACAAUCGCACAGAAUCAGCUAGAACUGCUGCAUCAACUCAGGUUGCAGCGAGUACAUCACCAUUUCAAAGAAAUAAUAAUUUCUCGUCUUCUGGAGCAGAUUCAUCGUCUUCUUCUCGAAGUCUAGGUUGGGGGUUUGAUGGUUUUAUCGCUCCACAACCACCACCACCACCACCGCCGCCUUCUUUUGAUCCUUCAACAAAUAUCCGGCUAAACCCUCCUCCGCCGGCUACUGGACCGGAGUUCAUUACUGCUAUAGAAUCUGAUCAGUACGUGCAAACUGAGACAUCAUUGACUAGAUCAAGAAAUCUUCCUCGCGACAAUAUCCACAUUCUCACCUCAACUUCUCAUGAACUUAGGACUCAGAGAAACAGGCUUAGAAAUGAGAUUCUUAGCACCCUACAACAUUUACGCAACGGUGGCUCCGUGCGAAUAGAGGAUUUGUUGAUAUUGGAUCUUUCAAUUGUGUUAAAUGUGCUUGAUUCUCAAGAACAUAUCCACAUGCUAUAUGAGGAAGACUAUAUGGAAGGGGAGAUAAGGAUUAAUUGGUGACACAUAUACCACCUUGAAUGCAUGAAACAAUGGCUGCUAGUGAAGAAUGUUUUUUCCAAUAUGUAAGCAGACAUCUCUGGAAGUGGAUGAAGAUGAUGAUGAAAGUGAUUGAUAAUUGAUUUCAAGUGCUUUGGCUGUUAUUUUCAGUUUAUUCUUUUUCUUUUGUUUGAAGUAUCAAAGGCUUUUUUAUUAUGUAAUUUGAACGAAUUUUUUGAGUUAUGAAAACUCACUUGGACAAUUGAAUGGUUGAAUUUGAAGUUCCUUCAUUUUU